CCGCCCCGGCCGGUCCCCCCCGCCUGCCACUCUCUCUCUCCACCACCGCGGCCGUGACGUCAUGCACUCCCCGGCGCUGCCGCCUACCCUCCACAACCAGAAUCUAGCCAAUCAGCCCUCGUAGGUGGCCUGUUUUAUAGCUGCUGCCGUCGUUGUCGUCGCGGCUGAGGCGACGUGAGGAUUGGUUAGAGAGGGAACCAGGAGGACUUGGUUGAGAGGAGGCGGCGAUGGGGCGCGGGAAGGUGCAGCUGAAGCGGAUCGAGAACAAGAUCAACCGCCAGGUGACCUUCUCCAAGCGCCGCUCGGGGUUGCUCAAGAAGGCGCACGAGAUCUCCGUGCUCUGCGACGCCGAGGUCGCACUCAUCAUCUUCUCCACCAAGGGGAAGCUCUACGAGUACGCCACAGACACAUGUAUGGACAAAAUUCUUGAACGGUAUGAACGCUACUCCUAUGCAGAAAAGGUUCUCGUUUCAGCAGAAUCUGAAACUCAGGGCAACUGGUGCCAUGAAUAUACAAAGCUAAAGGCGAAGGUUGAGACGAUACAGAAAUGUCAAAAGCACCUCAUGGGAGAGGAUCUUGAAACUCUGAAUCUCAAGGAGCUUCAGCAACUAGAGCAGCAGCUAGAGAGUUCACUGAAACAUAUCAGAUCCAGAAAGAGCCAGCUUAUGAUGGAGUCAAUUUCGGAGCUUCAACGGAAGGAGAAGUCCCUGCAGGAGGAGAACAAGAUUCUGCAGAAGGAGCCCGCAGAGAAGCAGAAAGCUCAGCGACAGCAAGCGCAAUGGGACCAGAAUCAACAACAAACAAGCUCGUCUUCCUCGUCCUUCAUGAUGAGAGAAGCUCCCCCAGCAACAAAUAUCAGCUACCCUGUGCCUGUGGCAGCAGGCGGGAGGGUGGAGCGGGCAGCAGCGCAGCCGCAGGCUCUCAUUGGGCUGCCAGCGUGGAUGCUUAGCCACAUCAGCAGCUGAACUGAAGGCUUUCCUCUCGCCCGUGUCGGUGCGCGAGCCCAAAAAUCCAGCAACGCAACGGUAGCAUGCUCACCCCCGGCUGCCCCGCGGCUCCACCUGAUGAAUUAUUAUCGUCGAUCUUGUCGUGAUCGCCACCGGCAGCAGUAGCAGGGGUUUAUCAUAAUUUGAGCAGCAUAUAAGUACCAAUCUUCGCUGUGUAUAUUUUGCUUUUGUUCAUCGCCGUUUCCGCUGAGCCGACCGUACGAUGAAUAAUUUACCCAUGUAAUAUAUAAUAUAAUAUGCGCAGCAUGAAUGUCAAAUAUCCCA